ACUGAUUACUGAUUUAGCUAAAGCAGAGAUCACAAAGAAGAGAAUGUUCCUCUGUGACAAAAUUUUACCAUCCCAGCCUACUACCAUGUACUAGGACACCUGUUAAGAACUCUGAAGGGGUUGGUUUGACGUAUUUUCCUGUGUCACAUUUCUGAGAAUUUUUUUUUCACUUCACCACCACAUAAAGUUUCAGGUCCUCAAUACUAAACAUCCUGUUAGUAGUAGUCUUUUUGUGGAAGAGCAGUUUAGUGAAAUCGGCAGUAGCUGUGAACGUCUGAGCUUACUAUGUAGCAAAAUUCAAUUAUUUGCCUACCUUUUGGUUAUUUUAUUUAUUUCUGUACAUUUUAUUUGGUCAAAUGUGCAUUCUGAAGUUCAAGUUUCUGUUCAUGGAUAUUUUAAAACUCAUUUGCCCAUGACCAUGUCAGCAGCGUUUAUGGUACUUGCUCUGAUUGCAGCCUCCCUGUGCCACAGUGGAGACUGUUCAGAUUGUUUAAAACCCUUGCUUGAUAAUCAGAUGCUUAGCACAACUGAAUGUUUGGCAGGUUAUUUUAGAAAAGGCAAAUGCACAACAUAUUCAAGUCAGUCACUCUGUGAGAAAUGCGGGAAGGACAAAUACGUAGAUUAUAACAAUACAAUGAGUGACUGCUUACCUUGCAGUGUCUGCAGAACUGAUGAGAUUGCUAAGAGUGAAUGUACAAAUCUAAAGGACCGGGAAUGCGUCUGCAAAGAUGGGCUUUACCGUUCAUCUAACAAAUUGUGUAUAAACUGUACGAAAUGCACAAACCGUAGCAUGUGCCCUGAAUGUAAAAACUACAAAAUAUGGACUUGUGCGCAUGGCCAAUUCUUGGAUCAAAAGGGGAAAUGCCAAUCAUGUGCUGAUUACAGUUGCUCGGAUAAAUCCUGUGAAUCCUUUUGUAACCCAGUGCCAGUUCUUACCACAACAUGGAUUUUGGUACUUGUGAUCACCCUGCCUAUUGUGGUCCUGCUCGGACUUUUUGCUCUUUUUCGCUUCGUUUUUGAAGCCUGUAUGAGGAGACCGUUUUGCUGCUGGGUUCAUAUAAAGAAUGUGAAUGAAAGACCUGCUGGUCAUAUUGAAGUUCCACCAAACACGCCAACUUUACCUGAACAGCCUGGGGACCAGCUGAAUGUUAAUUUGCCAUUGAGCAUUGUCCUUGGAAGCACAGUGAAAGAUCCAGGGACCAGAGACAAACAAAGACAUCUGGACUCGGACUGGACCGGACAAAGCACAACUCCCCUUAUUAUAAAUGGGGAUAUAAAAGGGCUGACCAGGCAUGAGCCGGAGAAGGAGAUGUGGCCAGCCCCAGUGCUCUACACCAUCAUCAAACAGGUUCCUGUGCGGCGCUGGAAGGAGUUUUUACGGUUGCUUUCUUUAUCAGACGAUCAAAUGGAGAGAGUGGAGCUGGAGGCAAGAGGCUCCUAUCUAGAACUGCAGUAUCAGAUGCUGCGUCUCUGGAGCCAGAUGAAUGAUGCUUGCCUGGAGAACAUCUACUCUACACUACAUUCUAUGGACCUGUCAGGGUGUGCAGAGGAUCUGCAGGAGAAGCUGCAGCUGUUGCAGGAGACCUUAGUCUAGAUGAGUCUGGGAAUACUUUGAAUACCUCUCAGCAGGCCCUAUGCUUUAGUGGUCUCAAGUACUCCGAAUCUGAAUGUCUGAGACAGUUGGAACAGUUUAUUUGUGUAAACUGCACUUGUACAACCUACAAGAACCAUUGUUCAAACACAGGUUUUCACAGUGUAUUAUAGGAAUGAAAUGAAUAAGAAGCUGCAUUGUGCUGCUUAUACUUUUGAAAUAAUGUAUUCUUGAUUUGUUUUAUCUGAAAUGUAUUAUAAAGUGCACAUAAAGUAUAUAAAGAGACAAUUAUACUUAACUAUACAUUAUACUUUCCACAAGUAUUGGGGCAGCACUCCAUGGGGACAAAUUGAAGCUAGUCUGUGUGACGGCAUAAAGGUUCAUCUAAGUACAGGAGUUAAAAUGCCAGUGGUUUAAGAUAUAUAAUGUUACUGUUUGCCAUACACCAAGGGGUUCUUUUGGGUACUCUGUGGUGUGUGUGUGUGUGUGUGUGUGUAUGUGUGUGUGUGUGGGGGUAUUGUGCGUAUAUGUGUGUG